UCAUUGCUAACAACGGCUUCCGGUAAAGGGGAGCUCUCGUCACGUUGUCGAAUUCAACCGGCAUUUGUUUUCUUCUCUGGCAGCAGGUUCUGUAUAUACUUGCAACGCAUUCCAAAUGGACGGAUGCAUGGAAAGUUUGGUGCGUCAUUCGACUUGUACAUACAAAGCUCACGCACGGCUUUACAUGAGAUCUCUUGUUUUGAGAUACAGACGGCACUUCAGGGGCACAGAAUAAUCUGUUUACAUUGUUUAUACUUGCUGUUGGAGGCAGUCCAACUCAAGAUACACCAAGACCAACAAAAUCAUUCUGAUGGUUUAAGGGACAUGCUUCAAUGAUCAUUCACCACAGAAGCAUUGAACAGCGGGUAACUGAGGUUGCUCGCAAGCGUGACAUGUCCCCCUUUUCCAGAA